UAUGCGUUCAAAUUCUCGUACUUAUUAAGUUUUUAGAUGCCAUAAAUUAAUAGAGCGUGCUCCGAUACUUCUUUAAAAUAAAAUACAUGUACAUGUAUUAUGUUUAAGCUUUCAACCCCGUUAUGCGAUAUUUGAUGUUAUUCAUAUAUGUAAUUGAAACCCCAAGGACUUAGGAAAGAAAAACGAUAUAUCACACAUAGAGCGCCCAAGCUUAUGUGAAUGUUAACAUUUUUUAAAAGCUGGUAGUUGUUUUGGGAACAGGAACUACUUAUAGAUAUAUAUACCAAUGUUUUAGAAGAGUAUGUUGGUAUACCGACAUGUGUACAUGUAUAUAUGUAUUAUAUAAUUGGAUUACUACUAAGCUUUGUUUUAUUCAAGGCGUAUAAAGAUUAUAGAAGGAUGCCGAAUUAUGCUAUGGUGAUCUAUGUGUUAGUGCUGGUGAUGGACUUGAUAGUAGGAGGGUCAAUCAUAUUAUGGAAAUGUUAUAUCAGCAAAUCAGAAGAAGAGUGUGAACUGGCGACAGGAGGGGCACUUGGCAGUAUUAUAAUAUGGUUAAUGAUAAUGCUCGUGUGCCCGUGCUUUGCAACUCGUAUAGAAAUAUGCCUGACCCUGGACAACCUAAAGAAGAAAUGUAUCCAAUAUACAAGGAAGACACGUGACAUUGUCAUCCAGAACGAGGCUAACAAUUCUACAACAACAACACUGCUAAGCAACGGUCAAGAUUCGAAACCCCACCUACGCUCAAAUGUUUACAUAUUUAAUGAAACACAAGGGAAGGGGGAUUUAUCAACGAAAUUGCAAGCGGCACAUAUACCUAAAACUCCAGUGCUACUAACAAAUGGGUUGACAAAUACAACAGAUGUCAAAUAUCAACAAGAUGUGCCUUGAUUGCUGACGAUACACCACUUACGAUCAUGAAAAUAGACACGUGGUGUCAACAGAAGCUGGUACAAGCAUGUUCAUUGGUCAGUGUUGAAGCAUUACACCAGUUUUGCUUUAAAUCUGAUGGAAGGAUAAACCGGAAAUUGGUACCAUACAUGUAUUUGUGAAGUUCAAAGCUCAUUCAGCAGUCGGUGGACAGUGUUCAUGAACGACUCUUGUACCUCAAGAGCCGAGCGAAUCGCACGGAAUACACCCAUGAAGCUUUCAUGUUGCAGUAUUGCCACUCGUGUGUUAAAUGUUAUCCGACCAAAUCAUGCCGUCGUAAAAUUCUGCAAUACUAGUAUUUUGUUACUUUUAGAUUCAUCUCCAAAUUUAUAAAAACAUGACUAAAAUUGAUUGAGAAAAAAAAUGUAUGCAAGUGAUCAUCGCAAAUUGCGUUCUUCUUUUUCAAAAUUGUUUGUUAGAUAAAGGACAUUUAAACAAAA